AUGGAGCGGGGCCCCCCGAGCGCUGACCCCGGAGCCGGCCGGAGCCGCCCUCGGCGCGGCGCCCCCCACUUUGCGAUUCCAGGGUCCCCGCGGCGAGCGCAAUGCAGCCGGCCCGGGACGCAGGCGAGCGCCGCGCGGGGCGCCAGCGAUGGGGUGCGGGACGCGGGGCGCAAGGUGCCGGGCACGGAGCGGUCGUCUCCUCCGCUCCCCCCUCCCCCAGCCGAAAGUUUUCCCGCGGUGGCCCCUGUCGCGUCCGGGCCAGCCCCUCAAUCCUCUCCAGCCCCUGGUCACCUCCUUCCUCCCCCAGCCGCGGGGGGUUCCCGGGGGCCGCAGAGCCGCGGAGCCCGGGCCAGCCUGUCUUCUGGCGGCAGAAAGUUGCGAUUCCAAGCCGGUCCUCCUCCCCGGCCCCCUGGGGGUCCUUCUUUCUCUCCGCGCCAAGGGCAGCGGCAGAAAGGCGCCCCAAACCCACCCCCGGGGUCCCUGGGACUCCCUGGCCACGUGGAUCGGGCGGCAGGUGUAGCGACCGGCAGGCCCGACUGCCCCAGGGAGCCCGACCCCAAACCACCCCCGCAGGAAGGACGGUUCCCCAGAGACGGGGUCCAGCCCCCGGCGCGAGGAGGCAGCGCGCCCACGACUCCCUGUGCCUUAAGUAGGGCGCAGCGGGCGCGGGGGCCUUGGCCCUCGCGCCACUUCCCCUUUGCAGUCUCGGAUCCCGCCCCCGGAGCUGGUGUGUCUUUGGGACCUCGGCUUUGCUCAUCUCUUGUCCGGGCUGGGCGCCCCGAGCCGGACAGGUGCCUUGGAGGCUCCCAGCCAAUUGUGCUCUCCGUUUCGAGUCCCAGUUUGCACUCAGCUCCUCAGUCAAGAGACCCCGGGGACAACAGAGAGGCGGGCGGCCUAACGGAGAGGCCAAGGGUCCCGGUCCACCUCUGGGGCGCUCCGUGGGUCCCUGGGUCGUCUGUAGCACCUCUACACCGCCUUGACGACAGGAGCUGA